AUGCUCCAAACGUCUAAAUUGCUAAAUGCAAGAGCAUUUUUUAUUCUUCUUUUCAUCCGACAAUUCGAGAUUCACGCCUCUGUCAAACUGAGAGAACCUAGUCAUGGUCUGCCAACAGAUCCCAGUAAGGUUUCAGCAAUGGAUCUGAUCGUAAAAGCGAACAUUGGACAUGACUCACGUCAUCUUAUCGAAGGGGACAUUGUUCCCAGCAGAAAAAGAAAUGCUGUCGGGAUAGACGCUUGGAAGUGGGGAGGACAUCACAUUCCAUAUACUAUAGACGUAAACGGUUUCAGUACAUAUGGACUAAAGGUGAUUAACGAGGCUAUUGCACAAUUCAAUGAAGACGUUUCCUGUAUAAAAUACGUACCACGAAACAAAGAACAAGACUAUGUCAGGAUAACUCAUGGAUUUGGCUGCCAUUCCUCAAUCGGUCGCGACGGUGGCCGACAGGAUGUGACGUUGGGUGACAACUGUUACUACAAAGGCGUCGUCAUGCAUGAACUGACGCACGCGGUAGGAUUCUUCCAUGAACAGAGUCGAUACGACCGAGACAAGUAUGUUGAGGUGCGAUGGGAUAAUAUUAUGGACGGAAAAGAUCGUGACUUCGUCGCCGAGUCUCGCAACAUCCUGAACACAUUGGAUUCUCCUUAUGAUUACGGAAGUGUUAUGCACUAUGGCGCCACCACCUUCUCCAAGAACGGUAACCCUACCCUUAAAGCCCUGUUCGACGAUAAAGGUACAAUGGGCCAAAGAGACGGGUUUAGUGCCGUGGAUAUUUGGAAGAUUAAUAAACUUUACGGAUGCACGACAGAGGAUGCUCCCAAACCUGUGUGGAUGGUUCAAGACACAGCUACAUCUGUUACAACAACAUCAAAAUCACCAACUACGCCCAGGCUGGUUACAAAGACUACUUUCAGAGCAACGCAAACACCAUCGACGAUCGCUGCGUCAUCAGUCACCAUGCCUAGAAUAACUACAGUUGUCAAACCGGCAACAUCACAACCAACAACAACGACAACACCAGCUAAAACAACAUCACAACCAACAACAACGUCAACUCCAGCUAAAAAGACAACAUUAAUGCCGACAACAACGUCAACACCAGCUAAAAAGACAACAUUGCUACCGACAACAACGUCAACACCAGCUAAAAAGACAACAUUGCUACCGACAACAACGUCAACACCAGCUAAAACGACAACAUCACAACCAACAACAACGUCAACACCAGCUAAAAAGACAACAUUGCUACCGACAACAACGUCAACACCAGCUAAAACGACAACAUUGCUACCGACAACAACGUCAACACCAGCUAAAACGACAACAUUCGGAAGAACACAAAAACCAACUUCGGACUCCACACCAUCGACAAUAUUAUCCUCUUUGAUAAGUCACACCCCCUCCAGUGUACCGAUCACACCAUGCCAGUCGGACCCUCUGUUGCCACCAGGAAUAAGUGGUGCCCCAAGUACGUUUGACGCCGUUGUCUUUCAAAACUCCUUGCGCGUGUUUUGGACCAAACCCUGCACGGAACACACAAUAAAGGCGUUCAUACUGGCAUACUGGCAGACAGGAGGGAAGAGGAUCAAAGUACAAAUUGAUCCUACAAAACGUACAUAUUAUAUAUCAACUCUGUAUCAUCCCGGGCGAAAGUUCCACGUUACCAUAGCAACGCAAACUGCAAGGGGAGAGGGCCCAACUUCUGACAUCAUUAGCACAUAUUCAGCUUGUGGCUAUGAAAUCAGCCUGAAAGAAAAUGGAACCUUCGACAAGAUUCACUCUCCAUACUUCGGCCAAGGAUAUUACGAGCCGGACGUCGCUUGUCAGUGGAUAAUCAAUAUUCCCCUAGGUCAAAGGUUAAAGGUUGAGUUUGUUGCCCUCGAUUUCGUUAGAAGCGAUGGGUGUAAUGGUGAUUUUGUCAAGGUCAAUGACAUGAUGUUCUGUGACACUCUACCUCAGAACGGAUAUAUUCUCAGCGACAAAUCCUCCAAUAAGAUCAUGUUUUAUUCCAAAGCUGGCGCGGCAAAUAAACCAGGCGGAUUCAAGGUUUUUCUCAGCGUUGACGGGAAGACGCCGAAAAAUGUCACAGCUUUGUCUGUGCCUGGUCUUAUUCAGUUAUUCUGGGAGGCUCCCGAGGGAAAACUGGGAACCUCAUACCACUACAAUCUUAGGUACCGACUUAUUCCGGAACACCGUAUGUCCGAAAUACGGCUAGACUCUCAUAGAAACUUCUUUCCGAUCGCAACAGGCACACAUUACGGGCGACAGUAUGAGAUCAACAUGGCAACAGUGGAUGUGAUAGGUGGUGUAAAUGCCAAGGGUACAAACUACAAGACCAAUGUUCGAGCAGUCUGUGGCAGAAACAUCACUGUGGAGGAACCAGGGGUCUUGAGAAGCCCUCAUUAUCCAAAUCAAUAUGAACCGGACACUGUGUGCGAAUGGAACCUCAUCAUUGAAGAUGGUUACGAAUUGACCUUGACCUUCAAUGAUCUCGACCUUCAGCGGAUACCCGACUGUCUUUUCGACUACGUUGACAUUGAAGGAAUCGGGAGACAUUGCGCGAUGUCCGAUCUAUAUAACGCUACCAUCGUGUCAAGGUCAAAGGUCACAAAAGUCAGAUUUGUUUCAAAUGAUGAAACUGAGCUGAGAGGAUUUGAGUUGAAGUACACAAAGACUACUACUCCAUAA